AUGGCGUUUAUAAAUAUUCGAAGCUGGACGACUCAGGAAGUUGCAGAAUGGAUGAAAGAAAGCCUGUUAGCGUCGUCUUAUAGCCUGUUUGAAGAUGUGGUUGAAGAGUUUUCUACGUUUGAGGGUAUCAAGCCUCAUUUUGAAAAAUGGAAGCACCAGUACUCGGAUAGCUAUAAAGAAGCUUACAUAUCUCUGUGUCUACCCAAGUUGUUUUCUCCUUUUAUAAGGUUGCAGUUGUUGAAUUGGAACCCCCUUGAGCCACAUUGUGUUGAUAUUGAAGAGAUGAGAUGGUUUGAAUCACUGAUUUUUUAUGGAUUCAGAGAGUAUGAUGGUAUUGAUAAAGAAGACCUUGAUAACAAGCUCAUGCCAAGUCUUGUAGAAAAAGUCAUUCUUCCAAAAUUAACUUGUUUAAAUGAAAAUGUUGGUCAGUAUAUUGAACAGUUUGUCAACCAAGGAGUCACAGGCGAGAAGCUGCUUCGUAUUACACAACAAGAUUUACAAGAAGUGGAAAUGCGAAAAAUUGGACAUCAAGAAAUAUUUUUUGAAUGUUUGAAUUUAAUUCGUAGUUUGUAUUAUGUGAUGGAAAAUGAAAAUUUACAGUCCUUAGCGUUAUCUUUAAGCUGCAAAGCCAAUAAUUUAAAAAGUUUAAUAAAAUGUAAUGGAUACUGUCACCAGUACAGUGAAAAUAGUAAAACGUUAUCCAAUGAUGUAUUGGCAUUAAUUGUUGAUGUUGUCAUGGCAACUAGAACACUGGUUUCCUGGCUAGAUAGGACACCUUUCUAUGGCAUAGACUAUUUUAGCAAUGCAAGGGAAACAGUUGUCAGUCAAUGUUUACAAUUAACAGAAAUGGUUCACAUGGAUAGCCAUGCAACUGACUUAGAGAAUGCCAUCUUGCCAUUGAGUAUUGAAAUUGUAGAGUUAUGUAAUAAAUUGAUAAAAGACACCAAAGACCCACUGGUGAUACAACCAGCACAUUUAGAAUUGGUGACGUUAAAAAAGAUUAAACCAGAAGAAGGUCUGGGUUUGUUAAUUAAAGCUACUUAUGAAGGGGAACACAUUAUCACAGGAACAAAAGAACAAUCAGCAGCAGAUUUAAGUCGAAAAGUUCAUCAAGGAGAUGAAAUAUUACAGGUUAAUUAUAGAACUGUGGUUGGUUGGCAACUCAGUAAAGUAGUAGAAGCAAUGAAGGAAGACCCGAAUGAGGUCACCCUGACCUUGAAAAAACGUCCUAAAAAUGUGUCGCUACAGGGCCAGAUUAUUGUCAAAAGAUCAGUACUUAAUUCAUCCACUGCCAAUGUUAAAAAGAAACAUUCUCAUACUGCUCCGGGAAGAAGACGACAAAGUAGUAAUGAAAAACGAUUAAAAUCACCUUUAGAACAAUUAUUCAUUCCACCGCCUCCUGAUGAGCCGUAUUCUCCAAGAACUGCCAGGAAUCUAAAAGUUCUCUUUACAUUGCUUCUAAAAGUCAGCAAUGUUUUCUUUGUUAUGGUUAGUGAUGAAACUUUACAUUCAUCUUUGACUCCACCAGAUUCUCCUAAUUUUCAACUUGAUAGACAAGUAUCAUUUCAUCAGACAGAACCAGAUCCUCUGUUACAGUACCAUACAAGGCGUUGUACAGUAUCUGAAGUCACUUUAAGAAAUAAAUCUAAUAAUAUAUUGAAUAGAACACAGAAUAGUAAUGGUAGGCCAACCUCAUUACCAGCUGACAACAAAGAACUUGAAGAAAUAGCAAACAUUGAAGUUGAAAAUUGGACAUCAAUUCCAACCGACAAAAAGACAUCUUCAAAUAUAUCAAAUGUUAUUAUUGAAAGUAAACCAUCUCCUGAAAUCUUAAAAAAUGAUGAAGCAAUAAAAUUAUCCAAUAAUGUGGAACAUACUGAUGAGAAGCAGAGUAACCAUAGCAACCAUCGUCUCAUAAAAACCAGUAGUUGUGAACAUAUGAUUGAAUUGAAUGUUGAAAUUUCUGACGAUUUACUGACAGAUAGGAAAAAUGGUGAAGUAGGAAUUACGCAGAGAUCCUCAUUUAGGAUUGUAACUGAUGAUUAUACUAUGAAAAAGAAUACACCUAAGAAAGAUAUUAAUGAAAACACCAGCAGCAAAAAAAUGUGCGAAAAACCAGUGUCAGAUACAGUGGAUGUGCAUUCAACUUUUAAAUUGCAGGACCCCCCAAAAUCUAAAAUUGUGAACUCUGCGUCUAAGGAUUCAAUGAAAAUAUCAAAUGGUGCUGUGGAUAGUAAUGUUGAAAGCGGUAUUGUUGAUGGUAGUGCUGGAAGCAGUGUCGUUGAUACAAAAGCUGGAAGCGGUGUCGCUGAUAGUAGUGUUGGAAGCAGUGUUGUUGAUAGUAGUGUUGGAAGCAGUGUUGUUGAUAGUAGUGUUGGAAGCAGUGUCGUUGAUAGUAGUGUUGGAAGCAGUGUCGUUGAUAGUAGUGUUGGAAGCAGUGUCGUUGAUAGUAGUGUUGGAAGCAGUGUCGUUGAUAGUAGUGUUGGAAGCAGUGUCGUUGAUAGUAAUGCUGAAAAACACAUUGAGCAGGAUAAUAUUGUAUCACAAAAUGUUACAUCAUUGGAACAUAAAGAAAAUGAACAAACGUCAGACUCAAAAACAUUGGAUAGUCAACUUGGAGAAUCACAAGUUUUGCAUAUGCCUGACCCAACAUCAAGUAAUGUUAGCAAUGCAAGUAUGCCAUCUAGAGUCAGCGAAUGUACCAGUAAGCUACUGAAAUCAUUAGGAAGUAAGGUCAAAGGUCAAUCUAAGAUUAGCAUCAUUGAUAGAAGAAUAUCAUGUAAAAAUCUUGGUGUUGGUGAGUGUCAAGGCUGGCUGUGGAAGAAGGAAGAAAGAAAAGGAUUUGGAAAUAAAUGGAACAAAAGAUGGUUUGUUUUGAAAGAAUAUUCACUCUUCUACUACAAAGAAAGAAGUUCACUUCGUGCCACUGGUGUGAUAAGUCUGCCUGGUUAUCGUGUUUCUCCCGCUGCACAUUCUGAAACAAAACGACAGUUGUAA